AACCCCCACAAGAGGGCAACAGCUGCCCUGAAACACCAGAAAAGAGGAAGAAGAAGAGAAGGAAGCGGAAGUAGAAGAGGAGGAGGAGAACUGUUUACAAUCGUAGUCAGCCACAAUUAAUUUGGUGUGAUGCGUGUCCCUCUGAGGUGGGUGCUGUGGGAUGUGAAGGACACGCUGCUGAAGUUGCGCUCGUCUGUCGGAGAGCAGUACUGCAGGGAGGCUGAACGAAUAGGCUUGAGCCUCAGUCCCGCGGAGGUGGACGCUGCUUUCCGUCAGGCAUAUCGACGGUAUUCCAGCAGAUACCCAAACUACGGCAUCGCACAGGGCCUGGAUGGACAGUCUUGGUGGAUGGGGGUAGUGAGGGACACUUUCUCCCAGUGCAGAGUGCAAGACCCAACCCUGCUCAACACAUUGGCUCAAAACCUCUAUUAUAAUUUCUGCAACGCAGAGAACUGGGAGGUAUUCCCAGACUCGAAGAAGGCUCUGGAGAGUUGCUCUUCUCUCGGACUGAAGCUUGGUGUGGUGUCCAACUUUGACUGCCGCUUGGAAGCGAUUCUACGUGUUUGUGGUCUGCGGUCAUACUUCAGCUUCUUGAUAACGUCGGAGGAAGCAGGUGUAGCAAAGCCCAAUCCAGUCAUCUUUGAUCAGGCACUGCAGAAAUGUGGCGCAGCAGCUGCGGGUGUAGCUCAUGUUGGGGAUCACUAUGUGAAUGAUUAUCUCUGCUCUCGCUCUGUGGGGAUCCACGGGAUCCUAUUAGACAGACACAACAAGCAAAACCAACCCGAUGUUCCCCCAGAGCAUCGGCUCAGCUCCCUGGAGGAGCUGCUGUCACGGCUACAGCAGCACAUGGAUUAAUGCCAAACAACCAUGUGCUCAAGUGCAAAGCUACCCAGACUAACUGGGGUUCAGUGAGGGAACUCAUUGCAGGGAUGAAGCACUUCACUGCUUCUCUUUAACUGAUGAAAUGCUCCUGUUAGAAAUGUACAGUCAAAUACUGAAUAAUAUAUAAACUGUAUGUACAGUGUGUAAUUAUCAUACAUUUUAUUGUAAAUAAAUUGGGAGCAAUAAA